AUGGCGCCAUCUUUAGAAUAUUACGAGGAUAUCUCUUCAGGGGAGCUCCCCAUCAAAGCUAUCCCCACCAAGAUCAAUGGCGUCGAGGCUAUCAGUGGUCUUCAGCUGGACCAAACUGAUAAACACGACAUCGUGCUAAAAACUUUCAGAGCAUUUAUUGCAGAUCUAUGCCAACAAUUCGGAGGUGGCCAUCCUGGUGGUGCUAUGGGAAUGGCUGCUAUUGGCAUCGCAUUGUACAAAUAUGUUAUGAAGUACUCUCCUACCAAUGCUGGGUACUUCAAUCGGGAUAGAUUCGUUUUGUCCAAUGGCCACACCUGCCUUUUCCAGUAUCUCUUUAUGCAUCUUGUGGGCUUCAAGUCGAUGACCAUGGAACAGCUCAAGAGCUAUCAUUCCGAUCGCACCGACUCUCUUGCUCCUGGUCAUCCAGAGAUUGAGAACGAAGGAGUGGAAGUCACGACAGGUCCACUCGGUCAAGGUGUAGCGAAUGCUGUCGGUCUCGCUAUGGCCACUAAACAUCUUGGUGCGACAUAUAACCGGCCUGGGCACACUGUGGUAGAUAAUAUGACUUGGUGCAUGAUUGGUGAUGCGUGCCUCCAGGAAGGGGUGGGACUCGAAGCCGUAUCUCUAGCAGGACAUUGGAAGCUCAACAAUCUGGCGAUUCUUUACGAUAACAACAACAUCACCUGCGAUGGCUCGGCGGACGUAGCCUGCACGGAAGACAUCAACACGAAGAUGCAAGCAUGUGGCUGGAAUGUCAUCGACGUCUAUGACGGAGACCACAAUGUUACAGGCAUCGUACAGGCCCUACUAACCGCUCGAAUCAGCCAGAAACCCACAUUCAUCAAUAUCAGAACCAUUAUCGGCAUCGGUAGCUCUGCAACCAAUAACGCUAAAGCACAUGGUGCUGCUUUUGGAGUUCAAGACGUCGCCCAGAUUAAAAAGAACUUUGGGCUGGACCCUGAGAAACAUUUCGAGAUCUCUGACGAUGUUUACAGCUUUUUCGACGAUGUCAAACAUCGUGGUGAAAAGCUCGAGGCCGCGUGGAACACUACUGUCGAAGACUAUGAAGUCCAGUACCCUGCCCUUGCUAAAGAGUUCAAACUCCGAGUACAGGGGAAAAUGCCUGAGGAUUGGACUAAAUUUAUUCCUUCAAAGGAUCAACUUCCCAGCAAACCUACAGCCUCGCGGAAGUCAGCAGGCAUCGUUUGCAAUUCACUUGCUGAAAAUGCGUCGAAUUUUCUAAUUGGAACAGCUGACCUGACGCCAUCGGUCAAUCUAGCAUACAAACAGCAACAAGAUUUUCAAUCGCCUGAUUUUGUCGCUGCGUGUGGCAUGACUGGUGACUACACUGGUCGAUACAUCCAUUACGGCAUCCGUGAGCAUGCGAUGUGCGCUAUCUCUAAUGGUCUCGUCGCUUUCAACAAGGGUACUUUCCUCCCAGUAACCAGUACAUUCUUCAUGUUUUACAUUUAUGCUGCUCCCGCCGUUCGAAUGGGUGCACUACAAGGCCUUCAGCAAAUCCACAUCGCAACUCACGACAGUAUUGGCACAGGAGAGGAUGGUCCGACCCAUCAGCCUAUAGCUCUGCCCGCGCUCUACCGCGCCAUGCCUAAUCUUCUAUACAUUCGACCCUGCGAUAGUGAAGAAGUUGCAGGCGCGUUCAUCACUGCCAUCGAAGCAACGUCGACUCCGAGCAUCAUAUCCCUCUCGCGCCAAAACCUCACACAAUACCCACAAUACUCCAGCCGGGAAGGAGUCCAAAGAGGUGCAUAUGUCUUCAUCGAAGACUCUGCAGCAGACGUCACUCUGAUUGGCAUCGGCUCAGAAAUGGGUUUCACCGUCCAAACACGAGAAUUGCUUCAAAAGGAAUACAAUAUUAACGCCCGAGUAGUGAGUUUCCCAUGCCAGCGCCUGUUCGAGCAACAGUCUCGGGAAUACAAGGAGUCGGUUCUGCGCUAUAAAUCUGGCAAGCCUAUUGUCGUGAUCGAAGCAUAUGCGAUCAAUGGAUGGGAACGUUAUGCAGAUGCCGGUAUUUCAAUGAAGUCAUUCGGAAAGUCUCUGCCUGGGGCCGUCGCUUAUAAGCAUUUUGGUUUCGAACCAUCGGUCAUGGCUCCAAAAAUCAAAGGUUUUGUUGAUCAUGUGAAACUUGAGGGAGUCGAGAGCCUCAGGGGUGAUUUCAGAGAUCUCAAUGGCUCGAUGAGUUAUGGCUUGGAGCAUUGA